AUGAAUUCUUUUAGCUUCGAUCUUAUUCAUCAUGAUUCAAAACUAUCUCCAUUUUAUGAUCAAUCUAAAACUGAGUCAGAACGUUCGAAAGAAGCUCUUAUCCGUUCCCUCAAUCGCCUCAAUCGUUUCAAUUCAUCUAUGUUAGGGGAUGCAAAAUAUGUAGAGUCUGAUUUAACUAUCGGGGACUAUCUCAUGAGUAUUUAUAUAGGUACGCCAAAGGAACGAAAUGUUACACCAAAAAAAAAACUUGUUAUCCCAAGCAUGUCCAGUGGCCUUACCUGGAUACGAUGUGGCCCUUGUUCUUCCAACUGUAACAAUCAACAUCCAUCACUUUAUGAUCCAACAUCGUCAGAAACCUAUCACGAUAUUCUGUUUGACUCAAUAGUGUGCAAAGGUCUAGUAGUUACUAAGCGUGGAAAAUCAAAUGUGUGCCAAUAUGAGUAUCAUUCUGGCGAUAAAUUCUCCUCUGGAGUGCUUGGCGCUGAGACCUUCAACUUAAAAUCUCCAGGGCCUUUGUCACUGGUUUCUCAAGUUGGAAACAAAGUUGGCGAGAGUGCUAACAAAUUAUCCUACUGCUUGGUUGAGAAGCCAUUAGAGUUACAUAGUAAAAUAAAAUUCGGAUCGGAUUUAACUCUCUACAAACAAAACACAGAAUAUACAAUUCAAUUUAAGCCUUCUCCUCCUCAUACCAGCUACCAUCUCAACCUUGAAGCUAUUAGUGUUAACGAUGAGAAAAUAGAGAUACCAAAUAAAAAACAUGAUAUGAUAGUCGAUAUUCAGACAUCCUUGACAUCAUUGCCUUCAAAUAUAUACAAUGAAUUCAUCGCCAAGGUUAAAAAACAUUUUGGCGACGCAACUUCAAUCGAGGAGCCGGAACACGGCACUUGCUUCCUCAAACGUGAAGUCGACGGCCUCGAUAGACCCAAAGUUGUGUUUCAUUUUUCUGGCCUAUCCGAAUCCCAUGGAGACUUUCCGGUGAAUCCUUCAACAAUGUUUGAGGAAAAUGUUGACUACAUGUGUUUGACAAUAGUCCGAAAAGAUGAAAUUUCGAUUCUAGGGAACAGGGCACAAGUAGACGUUCAGAUGAUAUUUGACCUGUCAGCCCAUUCCCUCACUUUUGCUGCACUUAAUUGCAUCAAAGUUUCAUAUUAA